GUUUCUAUACCGAGUACAGAGCAGUUCAACAAAAGUUAAAAUCUUUAUAUAAAUAGUAUAAUUUUAAACUGAAGUUGCGCAUCAACAGACAUGGAUUUUCUUUAUAAAGUUAAUAAUUUAUUUCUAAGUUUAUACGCGGUUGUACUUUUAUCUGUGACAUGUAUUAGCAUAUCAGGGUUUGAAAUUACAGUUUUACAUACGAACGAUGUCCACGCGAGAUUCGAACAGUUUAAUAAAUAUGGAUCAACGUGCGACACGAGCGAGGCUCAAGAGGGACGUUGUUUCGGAGGAGUGGCCAGACGACAUACCAAAAUUCAGGAAAUUCGAAAUAGCCAUGACAACGUGAUUUUGUUGGAUGCCGGAGACCAAUUCAUGGGCACCGUAUGGUUUACUGUACAUCGUGGUAUGGCGGCUUCUUAUUUUAUGAAGGAACUUGGAUACAACGCUAUGUGCUUUGGAAACCAUGAAUUUGAUCUUGGUGUUGAAACGCUUGCGAAGUUUCUCGAUAACGUCACGUUUCCGGUCGUAAGCGCAAACACUGACGUCACAAAUGAACCACGUCUGGCAGGAAAGUUCUCGAAAUCUUGGACUACAACUAUAGGUGGUGAAGAAAUUGGCGUUGUUGGAUAUCUAACCACAGAAACUGCUAAAAGCUCAAGUGGGGGACCAACUGUAAAGUUCCAUGACGUAAUAACAGCAGUCCAAGAUGAAGUAGCCAUACUAAAAAGCCAAGGAAUUAACAAGAUAAUUGCCCUAGGUCAUGCUUUAAUAAAUAUGGAUAAACAAGUAGCCGCUAUAGACGGUGUUGAUCUGGUUAUAGGUGGACAUACAAACACAUUCCUGUACAACGGUGAGAAACCAGCUGAUGAAGAUAUAGAAGGACCGUAUCCUAUUGUUGUUGACCAGCCAGGUGGUGGUAAAGGACUCGUUGUUCAAGCCUACACCAUGGGCAAAUACCUUGGUUACCUUAACCUGAAGUUUGACUCCAAUGGCAUGGUGACAAACUAUUCGGGAAACCCUAUCCUAUUGGAUUCUACAGUUUCAGAGGACGCACAGAUUUUACGAGAAGUCAAUAAAUGGAGAGAACCUGUAGAUAAACUUAGUGCAUCUACGGUCGGAUAUUCGAAGGUUAUAAUGGACGGUGAGAGAUCUUCGUGCAGACUUAAAGAAUGCAACCUAGGGAAUCUUGUAACAGACGGUAUUGUGAACUACCAUAUUAAUUUCAGUCACUCGGAAUCCACCUGGGCUCCGGCUGUUAUCGCUAUCUGGAAUGGUGGUGGUAUAAGAUCAUCAAUUGACAAAGGAAUAGUUAGUUCCGGAGAUAUUUACAGCGUGUUACCAUUUGGAAAUGAGAUAGAUAUUUUAACAGUGUCCGGUAAAAAUCUCCGAGAACAGUUAGAACAUUCUGUCGCAAAUUAUGACCGGUCCGAUCCUCGAGGUGCAUUUCUUCAGAUGUCGGGACUCCGAGUUGUGUACAAUCUACAGAUGGAGGUAGGAAGCCGGGUUGUCUCGGUAGAAGCCAGAUGUCUGAGCUGCGACAUACCAAAAUAUAACCCUCUCCGAGAUAGUGAAGAUUAUAACAUAUUUGUGUCGACUUUUAUAAUAAAUGGAGGUAGUGGAUAUAAAUUUGAAGCUUCAAAACGACAACGUUUUAAUACAUUAGGCGCAAGAACACUGACUGAAUACUUUAAGAAGCACAGUCCCAUGUUUGCAGAGGUCGAGGGUAGAAUCCAGUUCCAUACAGAUAACAUUUCAUCAUCGGGCGCUCAUCAUUUACCCGCAGUUAUCUUCAUAAUUGCGUCAUUUGUAGUCAGAUUGUUGUAAAACAAAGAAGUGAAUGUUUUACAUUUAUUAUACUGAGCUUUAAAAUAAAACCACCAGGGCAAAUGUACUAUUGAAAUAACAAAUGGAUUGGAUACAUUGAUUAACAUGAUUUCAGGAUAUAAUCUAAGUUAUUUAAAUUUUAAAUGGCAUAAUAUUUUAUUGAAUGUCUCGAAGUAUUUGAAAUGAAAUUAAGAUAAUAUUGAAAGUCUGUAAUUGAUUUAAAUAAUAUAACAAUUGUGAUAACAGUUUAAAGAUGAUUUAAAUUUUAAGAUAAAAUUGCAACUAGUUUGUUGGUUUAAAUGAUAACAUUAUUGUGUUGAAAUUCUACAAGUGUAUAAUAUACAUAACGUUUUGAAUGUGAGUCCAUACCUACACUCAUAUCGAGUUUUCAUAUACCUAUAUUAUUUUUCUUGCUCUUCAUCUAUCACUAUUGUCACAUUUUUCAGGUCUUCUAAUUUCCGUGUCCAAAAAUACGUUGAAGAAUGACUCUUCCCGGUGCUGCGGGGGGGGGGGGCAGAGGACGAGAUAUGAUGUUCUUAUUAUUGUACAUCAUCAACGGUCUCAAUCAUUGCAAGUUAAUACUAAUUUUGUUUUAAAUCCUCUCAUCCGAUCUCCAUUUCAAGGAGCUUAUAAGAAGCUUUUAUCUAUACCGGUGUCAUUAGUAAAGUAUACCGAUUGUUUAUCAAUCUGUUUUUACCCAGAUUUCAACACGUUUUUUCCUGUCAUAUGUCGGCGGCCGAUCAAUCUUACUGGCUUUCCUGGCUAACUCACUAGAAAUAAACAAUUUCUGACCAGUAAUAAAUAAUUUCUCCGCAAGUGACCGGCUAUUAAGCCCUCAUCAUCGGCUAGAGACGAAUGAUCAUUAGACUUAUUGUCCGGGAUCAAUUGUCAAAAAGAAAUUUUGCUAUGUCUGAGAAUCGAACCGGCGACUCCUUGUUUAUGAACCCGGUGUUCUUCCUAUAGAACAAACUGGUAUAUAAUACAAUGAUUAUGAUUUGAAUUUAAUUAUAAUUUUAAUUGUUUUAUUGUUAUUAUGGCUAUGUGUCUUGCAUAACAGUUUUAAGGCAUGGCCUGCUUUCCUGUAUAUACAUGUAUAUCAUUGUUUACUUUUUUAAAAAUGUCCCUCUUAAUGGUCUUUGUUUGCAGUCUUUGUCAUAUUAAAAUGUCUACAUGAAAUGUUAUAUAUAGAAACGGUUUAUGUAUUUCACUUUUUUAAAUAGCUGCCAUGUUUUCUUAUGUGAAUUAUAAACCAUGUUUGUCAAGAAAUUAUUGUCCCUCCGUGUACAUGUAUAAAUGUUAAUAUCACCACAUGCAUUCGUAUCAUUUUUACCUAAUUAGAUUUUAUAGAUUGUGUUUAAAUGUUGUUUUUUUCAUUUGAAUCUUUUUUUUCUUGUGUUAUCUUAGACAAAUUUGUUUUGCUUGUGUACUCAUAAAUAUAUGUGUUCCUUGCAGUAUAAUUGUUUAUUUUCCGGUGACUUUUUAUUCUACUGCUUAAAAUUAUGUCCAAUCCGAUACCAAAGUCAAGCUCCUUGGACCAAAGAGAUCCUAUUUCCUCCCUUAAGAUAUAUAUUGCUUCCUUUAAUCUCCAAAUGGAAUGAAAUUGUUUCAUUUUAAUAAGAUUUUGUAGAUUAUGUUAUAUUUUUUUAUGGUUUGCGUUAUUAGGCUUAUUUCAAAACAUUUUACUGUUACUUAUUUGAUAAAGAUACAAAAAUGUAUUUGAAAACUAUGUUUUCAUUUCAGCGUUUCAUGUUACAAUAUAGCAAUAAAAAUCUCAUAAAAAACAAGAAAAGCAAACACAUUUAUCUUAAUUAACGAAUUAUUUUUUUUAUAUUACAAAAAUUAAUAAUCUUAAUAAAGUAUAUUGCGUUAGUUUUAUUCUUUUUAGAAAGAAUCAUUUGUAUUAGUUGAUAUCGAAUUGAAAAUGUCUGCCGAAAAGGAGCAUAGUCACCAGAACUCCAGAGAACAUACUUUGUUUUGUUUAAACAUAUGUUAUUGCACCAAAUACAAAUGUACAUGUAAAAUAUUAUACAUAUUAUGAAUAUAUAACAAAAAGCAAAUGGGUUGGGCAACAAGUUCUAGCAACAUUUGAAGCUCUUCCAAGAACUUUGUGUGACCAUUUGAAAGAAAAUGCAUUAACAUACCUUUGGACUUUGGCAUCGUCAAACGUAGUAUGAUUUCAGAACAGUGUUACCAUAAUAAGAUUGUUAACCAACACAGUAACAAUAAAGGAUCCUAUAGUUAUAUUUUCUUCACACAACUUCCUCAUAAUACGUGAAAUUUAUGUAAUUUUGAGCGAUAUUUUUAUAAAAUUGCGUGUUAAAAGUUCUGUCUUAGUUUGUUUGUUUUCUGGUUUUUACAAACAUUUUGACACGUUUUGGUAAUAUCUCGGCAGGUGACCAACUUUAUGAUUGUCAAAGUCUAGUUGUAGAGGCAGUUGACCUUUAGACUCAAUGUCAGAUAUAUCAUUUGUCAGAAAGAAAUAACGCCUCGCACGAGGCAUGAUAUCCAGCAAGUCCUGGGUUACUAAUCCAAUGCUCUCUAUUGAAUGUAUGUAUGUACGUACGUACGUAUGCAUUCUAGGCUUAAUGAGGGUCCAUCUACCCUUCCAGGCACUGAGAGGUCUAUUGAACUAGGCUUGCAAACUCUGUGUUUGUAAACUGUUGUUCAGUAAAACGCUUAAUGAGCUUACUGCACCUCUUUCCGUUCUUAACACAGAGAGAUUUAUUUCAAUAUACAAUAGAAUAGCAUGGCACACCAUAAUAUAUACAAAAACAGAUGCAAGAUGUAUGAGUGAAUAAAUUUCCAUGC